GACAAUAUGAAUAAUCAUUCUUCAAUGUCUAGUUUUCUGCUGAUGGGUUUCUCUGAUGUCCGAGAACUGCAAAUCUUACACUUCUUUGUAUUUCUAGUAUUGUACCUGAUGACAGUCAUUGGGAACCUUCUCAUUAUCACUGCAGUGGCCUUAGAUUACCGCCUUCAUACCCCCAUGUCUCAUUUUAGCAUGUGCAAACUCCUGAUUGCUCUCUGUCCAAGCGUACACGGUUCAAUCUCGGUCAUAGUGCCCAAAUCCAUGGCUAUGGCCCUUAUGGAGGACUCUUCAAUUUCCUAUGCUGGAUGUGUUGCUCAAGUUUUGUUCUAUAUCUUCUUUGCUGUAUCAGAUUUUAUUCUCUUAAUUAUAAUGGCCCAUGAUCGCCAUAUUGCUAUUUGCAACCCACUGCAGUAUGAAAGAAUCAUGCACAAAGGAGCCUGCUUUCAGAUGGUAGCACUAGGGUGGAUUACUAGUUUUGGUUAUGCCUUAUUACACACUGUUGGCACCUUUGCAAACACCUUCUGUUCAAAUACAGUCAGUCAAUUUUUCUGUGAAAUCCCACAGUUAUUGAAGCUUUCCUGCUCUGACCUUUAUCUUGUGGAAGUUGGGCUUCUUGUAGUGAGCUGUGUUAUUGCACUGGGAUGCUUUAUCUUCAUCAUCAUAACAUACAUGAAGAUUUUUGCUACUGUGCUCAGAAUCCCCUCGGUACAUGGUCAAAGAAAAGCUUUCUCUACUUGCAUUCCCCAUCUGGCUGUUGUCUCUGUGUUGGUAUUCAGCUCAAGCUUUGCCUAUGCUAGGCCUCCGACUUAUACAUCUUCUGCUCUGGGCAUGACAUUUGCUGUGAUAUAUGCUGUAAUUCCUCCCCUGUUGAAUCCAUUCAUUUAUAGCAUGAGAAACAAUGAGCUCAAGACUGCUUUGUGUACAUUGUUACAUUUCAGGCUUUCUUCUAAAACCAUUUCCACCCAUCUUUAG